UGCACACGCAGGCACGUGACUCCGAAUGGCCGCUGUGGCUUCCUCUGCCUCGCGCGGAUCUCCGUUCCCACUUCCCGUCUCCACGUCCGAGUCGGUCCGACGCGCGCGCCGUUUCUGAUCCCGCAUUCCGGCUUAACAUUUGGAGGUCACUUGUGCACGGGGAGGGUCACACACACACACACACACACACACACACACACACACACACACACAGCACGAGAAAACAGCGGCACGACUCACUGGAGUAACAUCAUCACAUCACAUCACAGCGCAUCGCGUCAGACCCGAAGAGAAACUUCCAUCGGUCGCGAGACGCCGGUGGGCGGAGCCAACAGGUUACAGCUCACAGUAAAACGGUGACAAAGACUGGAUCAGUGGCCCAUGAGGAGUGAGACAGGGAAAAGAGGACAUAAACCAAAUGGCUGCUCGCUUCAUUUCAAAUUACAGAAGGGAACCUUCUAGAAGCUUCUCAGAACAUUGGAUUUUUUCGUAAUUUGUCCUUUUCCCCCUCCUUCACCGACCGGACGGCCCAAACGGUGUAAAACGACGGCCAUCGCUCCAUCCCGCCAACCUUCCAUCCCUCUAUCCUUCCAUCCCUCUAUCCUUCCAUCCCUCUAUCCACUUCUGCCCUUUUAUAACGCCACGAAGUUGUCCUUUAAAAAACCUCAUACCAGAAACAACCCAAAGGAUCUGGUGCUUUGUACACACACACACACAGAGAUGCACAUACUUUCGAUGGGGGAGGAAUCCCCGUGACGCAUCCGUGAAGUGGCCGUUUUGGACUUUGUGGAUUGUACGUGUGCUGAGGCGGCCAUGUCGGGGAAGGGCUUCCCUGUGGCCCACUUCUCCUACUUCCUCCCUCACGUGAUUGGUGGGCUCUCGCCACCCUCAAUGCCUACCAUGUCUGUGAGCGGAUACAGCACGCCCUCCCCAGCCACCGUGGAGACGCAGAGCACGAGCUCGGAGGAAAUUGUCCCCAGUCCGCCGUCUCCUCCUCCGCCACCGAGAGUCUACAAACCCUGCUUCGUCUGCCAGGACAAAUCCUCCGGCUACCACUACGGCGUCAGUGCCUGCGAAGGCUGCAAGGGGUUUUUCCGCAGGAGCAUCCAGAAGAACAUGGUGUACACGUGUCACCGGGAAAAGAGCUGCAUCAUCAACAAGGUGACGCGGAACCGCUGCCAGUACUGCCGCCUGCAGAAGUGUCUGGAAGUCGGCAUGUCCAAGGAGUCGGUGCGGAACGACAGGAACAAGAAGAAAAAGGAGGAGAAGAAGGUGGAGUGCGUGGAGAGCGGCGUGUUGAGCGCCGACACAGAGCUGAUGAUCGAGCGUGUGAGGAAAGCGCACCAGGACACUUUCCCCUCGCUCUGUCAGCUCGGCAAAUACACAACGAGUAACAGUUCAGAGCGACGUGUCUCGCUAGACGUGGAUCUGUGGGAUAAAUUCAGCGAGCUCUCCACCAAGUGCAUCAUCAAGACGGUGGAGUUCGCUAAGCAGCUUCCCGGCUUCACCACACUCUCCAUCGCUGACCAGAUCACGCUGCUCAAAGCCGCCUGCCUCGACAUCCUGAUUCUUCGCAUCUGUACGCGCUACACACCUGAGCAGGACACCAUGACGUUCUCGGACGGUUUGACGCUGAACCGCACGCAGAUGCACAACGCCGGCUUCGGGCCACUCACGGACCUGGUGUUCGCCUUCGCCAACCAGCUGCUGCCGCUUGAGAUGGACGACGCAGAGACGGGCCUGCUCAGCGCCAUCUGCCUGCUGUGUGGGGAUCGUCAGGAUCUGGAGGAGGCCGAUAAGGUGGACGUGCUGCAGGAGCCGCUGUUGGAGGCUCUGAAACUCUAUGUGAGGAAGAGGAGGCCACACAAACCCCACAUGUUCCCCAAGAUGCUGAUGAAGAUCACAGACCUGCGGAGCAUCAGCGCCAAGGGAGCAGAGCGAGUGAUCACGCUGAAGAUGGAGAUCCCUGGCUCUAUGCCUCCUCUCAUCCAGGAGAUGCUGGAGAAUUCGGAGGGGUUGGAGAGCACGGGGGGAGGAGCCAGCUCACGGUCAAACCCCGCCCCCUCGGGCAGCUGUAGUCCCUCGCCCUCGCCCAGCUCCGCCCACAGCAGCCCAUCCACUCAAUCGCCCUGACACACACACACACACACCCCAUAUCCUCCUCUUCCUCUUAGCUCCGCCCACUAACUGCUGCAGGGGCUCGGUCGUCCACCGCUUCCUGCCUCUCUCUCUCUCGCUCACCCCUUCUCUCACUUCGCUGCUGUAAAGACUCAUCAGACAGACGGAGGAGAGAAAAGACACGAAAAAAGCGAACGAGAGCGAAGAACUCAGAACACAGUGUGGACUUUUUUUUUUGUUUUUUUGCGUUUUUUUUUCUUCACUUUCUUCCUCCAACAUCUCAGGCCUGGACAUCACCACGACGAAUGAACGAUGGACUUGGCCUAACUUCCAAGGCUGUUUUUUUGGGUUUUUUGUUUUUUUUUUUACAAAAAAAAAGAAAAAAUAUAUAUAUAACUAUAGAGAGAGAGGAACCCAGGAAUUGAUUGUGGAAGAACAACAACAACAAAAAACAUGGACUUGGAGUGUAGCUGUAUUUCUUCACUGAUUUUUUUUCUCUCUCUCUUUUUAUGGCCAUUAGGGAAACCGGGGGUGGGGGGAUACAGAGAGAGAGAGAGAGAGAGUUGUUGCUUUAUUUCAGACUGGUCGUGAUGAUGAUGAUGAUGAUGAUGAUGCAGUUUUUCAUGGAAACAAAAAUGUCGAAAAAAUGUUAUUUACACUCACGUAAACUGUGCACAGAUGAAUGAGAUAAAACUGGUUGAAGAAAAAAAAAUGAUCCGUCUCUGUAUAAUUUGUUCCUCACAACACAACACUACUAAUCGUACAUCUGACUAUACCGCGUUAUACGGGAUAGAGGUUGCUCCGAGGGUGUGCUUAGAGAAAAAAGGAUCCUAGCUAGCUAUAACACUUCAGCGCCUACUAGUGGUGUAAUAUAGUUUCAUGUUUGUCCCUUUCCUUUACGGAAUACCGUUGCUAUGAAGAGGUGUACUUGGUCUACAACCAUGUUUAGGUAGGUGGUACAUGCCAAAGGAAAUAGAAAAUAGUCUGAACGAAAACAACAGCAAGAAGGCUGAUCGGAUUGUGGAAGAAUUGUGGAUGGAGUACUGAUCCGAACUUUACAGCCAACGGCAAAACGGACAUCUUUACCAUGAUGCGACCAUGAGGAAGUACGACAUCAGCCAGAACCUGCUCAGAGUCAUCAAACAGCUGAAUGACAAGACCCCCGGUGCAGUCCUCCAAAAUGGAGCCAUUGGAAGCCGGUUCAGGAUGAUGAGAGGACUGCAUCAAGGGUGCCUACUCUCUCCCAGUCUCUUCACCAUCUUCCUGGAGCGCAUCAUGAUGGACGCCCUGGCAAACCAUGAGGAGACCAUCAGCAUAGGAGGCAGAACAAUCACUAGGUCGUCUUGCAGAUGAUAUUUAUGGGCUAGCUGGAGGUGAAGAAGAACUGGCCAGCUUGGUAGAAAGGCUUGACACAACCUCUCGAGCCUACAGAAUGGAAAAUGAAAGUGAUGGCCAACAUCAUCAACGGCAUCAACACUGAACUUGAAACGGCACAGAGCUUCAAAAUCCUAGGAGCGAUCGUCUCGGAUGAAGUUCUCGCCAGGAUAGCUCAAACAUCUGCGGCAUUGACGCGCCUUAAGCCCAUCCGGAAAGACAGAAACAUCAGUCUUGGAACAAAAAUGAGAUUAUUGCGCUCAUUCGCCAUCUCAAUUUUUCUCUCUCUCUCAUUUUUUUUUUUUUCCGCUUGUGAAACAUGGACCCUCACAACAGAAUUACAGAGAACAAUGCAAAGCUUGGAGAUGAGGUGCUACAGGAAACUCUUUGGAAUUUCCCAUACCCGGCACAUCACUGACGAAGAAUCAGCCCGGCUAUUGGACCAUACGACGGUCAAAAAAUAGAAAACUGAGAUGAUACGGUCACAUCAACAGAUCGUCAGGCCUAGCAAAGAACUGUACAUGUAUACCAAUAUGUGACUUUAGAGACGCUCCCUGAAUUUGCGCAGAUCUGCGAAUACCGAACGUCCAACGUCAAGCCAACUUUAUACCAGUCCCCUAGGUUCAUCUUCUCCUGUGGCUUGUCUGCACAAUCCCACCACUAGGAGGCGGCGCAGAGUAACAUGUUACAGUAGUAUCGGUAAUCCAUUGCUCUUCCUGUGAGACCCGGAUGUGAAGACUUGAAUUUUAAGACCUGGAUUUUUGCAGCCUGAAUUUGUGAGGUUGAAAAAAAAAGUGUUGAAAUAUUACCUGAUGAAUAAUGACGGUGGUAUUUGAACACCUGAACUCGUAUUUUAGGAAGGUGAAUAUGUGUGCAUUGAAUUUUUAAUGCUGGAAUUUUGUUUUCAAUCAAAAUAUACACACCCAAUGAAUUGCAGAGGAAACUAAUUCAAGCAUUGAUAUUGCUGGGCUUUUUUUUUUCAAUUUGUGUCAAAUUGCUGGGCAGAAAAAAUCCAAGUAUUGUUAUUGCGAUAUGUUUUUAUUCAAUUUAUGUAAUUCAACAUGCCAUUUUACCUUGAGGACUUUUGGCACUAUUAUACUUCCAUAGAUUCUCAGCAGAACAUUGCCCAGAGCAUCACAUUUCCUCCACUGGCCUUCCCAUAGUGCAGUGGUUUUCAAAGUGGGGGCCGCCAGGGGGCGCCCGGGGGGGCCUCAACAAUUUGGUGUGCCCAUCCCUCCCACUAGACAAACACACACACACACAAUCAAUUCCUAAUGUAAUGUAAAGAUGUAAGAUGUAAUUAUUAAUUUAAAAAAGGAUAUAUUCAGAAGUCUGUAUUUUUAAUGUGUUUUAAAAACAUGUUGCAAAAGGGGGGCCUCAAUCAAAUGUUAAUGCCAUUUGGGGGGCCUUGCACUGGAAAAGUUUGGGAACCCCUUCCCAUAGUGCACCAAGGUGCCAUCUUGCAGAAAAAAAUUCAUAAUGUCCGUUUACAAAUGUUGCUAAUUGUAGUGCUGUUUUCUUUCCUAAAGUUUGACUAGCAUCACUUCCUGUAGCUAACAUAAAGGGCAGCUAUCUACUGUAUCCAGCAAGUCAAAUACUACCUAAUUAUUACUAUUAUUUUACAGGAUAUUUUACUCCUGAUUAAUUAGCAUAAAGAACAUAAAGCUAGUCAUGUAUAUGAGCAGCAAACAGAGCUCUCAUGAAGUAUAGUGUAGUUGUUUUAAAAUUAUAAUAGUAAUAAAAGUUCACAUAUAAACAUGA